CGAGAUUCUGUGAAAGUUUGACGCGGCGCUUUCGUCUGCGGAUGUAAACAAAGUCAAUUGGCUUCAAGCUGUGGGACCUGACGUGUGUUCCGUAACUCGUGUGCUUAUUUCCUGCGGGUCGUCACAUUUUGUCAGGUGGUUGGUGAGUUCAUGGUAUGGACUGGGAGCUGGUGCUGGCAUGGGCAGCUACAUUAUCGUCUAUAGCCUGUCAGCUGGUUGGGAUCGAAAUAUGUCUGCGUAUCGUGAGGAAGGGCGGAACAGGUGACACUUCUCCUGUUCCUUUCUUUGCCUUCUUUGUCAGUGCUUGUAUUUGGCUAAAGUACAGCAUCAUGCGCAGUAUCUACUCCAUGAUUAUGUCCAACUGCCUCGGGGCCAUGCUGCAGUUCCUCUACAUCUGCAUCUUCUACAUCUACACAGUCAAGAGGGGCCAUAUGCACAGACUCAUCAGCAUGAGCCUGUGCCUGCUGUUUGGACCACUCAUCUACAUCCGAUACUACCAACCGGAUGAUAACAUGGCUGCCGGCCAACUCGGACUGUAUGGUUGUUUCUUUACAGUGAUCUGUUAUGCGUCGCCCCUAGCAACAGUGGCACAAGUUCUGAAAAGUAAAAGUUGUGAUUCCAUAUCAGCCCCGCUGUGUGUCCUGAACUUCGUGGCUGCAGUAGGCUGGUACUCGUACGGCCAGAUCAUCAAAGACGUCUAUGUCUCAUAUCCUAAUGUGAUGGGGAUUGUUCUUGGAGGUUUGCAGUUCGGACUGUUCUGUGCCUAUCCAUCAAGGAGUAGUAGUUCCAAGACGACUUCUCUAGACGUGUGACACUAGCAGAGUGAUACUCUGGACAAGUCAUACAUGACCUGUGUACAUUCCUGAGUCCUGUUCCCCAAGGCAACCGCAGUGCUAAGGCUACUGGUGUCCUAAUUUAAUCUCAAAGUUUUGGAAUAGAAAUGGAAAGUUAGGCUAGCCUGUUACUCGAAAACUAAAUUGUGCUGAGGACACUUCAAAUUCAAUUGAGAGCUAUA